AGAGGCGGAGAGCCACGAGCCCAAGAGCAGAGGCGGGCUCCGCACCGCCCCGCGCCCCGCACGCUCGCCGGCUUCCGAGACGCGCGGGCGGCAGCCUGGGCGCACCAGCCGGGUCACCUUGUCCCGGAGGUAAGUCCCGAAGGCCAGAGCGGAGCAGGAGGACCUGGGGCCAGCGGCAGUGAAAGGGGGGCGGCGAUAGGGCGGCGGGCAGGGGAGGAUGCCCUGGCGCAGGCGGGCGUCCUGCUCCGCCUCGCAGCGCGCAGACUAGGCGGCGGUGGCGGUGUGCCGGCCGCGGGAAAUGGGUCCCAUGGGGCUCGUGUGACCUGUGAGUACAGCCUGCUAGCCUGACACCCAGCAGAGGGAGUCUACCAUGGAUGGCAUCGUGGAGCAGAAGAGUGUUCUGGUACACAGUAAGAUCAGUGACACUGGCAAAAGGAAUGGCUUAAUUAACACCAGAAACUUCAUGGCCGAGAGCAGGGAUGGUCUGGUGUCUGUUUACCCAGCACCUCAGUACCAGAGCCACAGGUUAGUGGCCAGUGCAGCACCAGGCAGCCUGGACGGAGGCAGAAGUGAGCCGGUACAGCAGCUGCUGGACCCAAACACACUGCAGCAGUCCGUGGAAUCCCACUAUCGUCCCAAUAUCAUCCUCUAUUCAGAUGGUGUACUCCGCUCCUGGGGGGACGGUGUGGCCACUGACUGCUGUGAGACCACUUUCAUUGAGGACCGCUCACCCACCAAAGACAGCCUAGAGUACCCAGAUGGGAAAUUCAUCGACCUCUCAGCUGAUGACAUUAAAAUCCACACACUGUCCUAUGACGUGGAGGAGGAGGAGGAAUUACAGGAGCUGGAGAGUGACUACUCCAGUGACACAGAGAGUGAGGACAACUUCCUCAUGAUGCCCCCUCGGGACCACCUGGGGCUCAGUGUCUUCUCCAUGCUCUGCUGUUUCUGGCCUUUGGGCAUUGCGGCCUUCUACUUGUCCCAUGAGACAAACAAAGCUGUGGCCAAGGGAGACUUCCAUCAGGCCAGCACCAGCUCCCGGAGGGCCCUGUUCCUGGCAGUGCUGUCCAUCACCAUCGGAACUGGCAUCUACGUGGGUGUGGCUGUCGCCCUCAUUGCCUACCUCUCCAAGAACAACCACCUCUGAGCUUCCCAAAGGCUGGCAUGAAGGAGGUAGAGCUGGGCCAGUUGUGUGAGGGCAGAGAAGAAGAGACACCUGUGUGACACUGUACAGUAUAAGUGAUUGCCAAGCAACUCCAUGAUGCCCUGGAAUCUUCUACUCCUGGACUUCUUUUGAUUUUAAUCCUUCAACUUCAUCUUCAGCACUGUGCAGAGCACCAGGCAGCCAGCAAUGCUGAUUCUUCCACAUGGAAGCUCCAAAGAUUCCAGUCCAGUGGCUGAACCUGGAUGGAUUCUAGUGGAUGGAUAACUACCCAGCUCUGCAGCCUGCCAGUGCCUGGACCACCACCCAUUAGCAAUAUACAAACAGUUAAAAAUAUGUUUAUUUUUUAUGGAAUAUGGUGCAAUAGGCAGAAUGCAAGAGAUGUGUCACCACUAGCUGUGGCCCGCUUAAAUCCUCUGUGUGUCCCCCAUAUUUGCAGCUUCCUUAAUCAGAAACAAGUGGGCCUGAGAAGGAAAAGAAAGCACCUGCCGGGAGACCUGCUGUCUCUGUCCACAGAUGUGUCCUCCCUGAGAAUCUAAGAAUGCAAAAUUAGAGGAGCGUAAUGUCUACCCUGGUCCUGCUUAGUCCCAGCACGCUGCCCCAGCUUGGAUCUUCAGGCUUCUUGCAGAUACCCAGCAAUACACAGUUCUGGGGCCUCAUUAAUCUUAAAGGGGAGGCAGCUACAGCUCCUUUCAAAAGCAACCCCACUGUUUGCCCCAGGAGACUGACAGAAAGAAGCUGUGAAGACACAUGGGGUGUAACUGUUGGACGCUCAUUCUGGUCAUUAGUAACAGUGCUGGGGAUCCCGUAAAUGAGAUGGGCCUUACUCUGUCGACUAAAUGAAUGGCUAUUUUCUUGUCAUUUUUAAAGUGCAACUCUUGCUUCAUGCUGCUUCAGUUGCCAGAUGAAUGCUGAGAAAUAAGUAAUCACAGAUGUUUUAAUACCACGUCAUUGCUGUUUUAUGAGUGUUCAUUAUUUAACAAAAAUUAUCUUUUAGCUUGUUUGCUUAUGACUUUUCCUUCUGAUGAAUGGUGAUGGUUGGGCUCUG